AGUGGUCAAUAGGUUUCCGCAUAAAACACUAAAAUGCAAAUCGCAUGUUACUUGUGUUUUUGUUUUUCUAUAAAUAAGACCGGAGAAAUAAAAGCUGUUCGCUGGUUAAAUAUCUCACAGGUCCUCCUCCUCCUCCUCGCUGCCUGAAGGGCUUUUUUCCAGUUGGCCCGUUGACAGCCUGAUGAUUCUGUUAAGCUGAACCUGAAGCUGUUGAGAUCAACACCCCUGUUGUGUCCGAGGAUCUUCUCUUUCCCUCAGUGAUGAUGGCGGCGGCGUUUGGCCCUGACGUCGGCUCAUGGUUGUCGGCAUCAGGAGUCGUCGGUUUCUUCAUCCUCCUCCUCCUCCUCUCCAUCUUCCUCUCCCCUCUCUGCAGCGGGUGCAGCAGACGUUCAUUCGAGCUGAGAGACUCUGAGGUGGACAAAGAUCCUUCAACUCUGAUUAAAGUGGCGAAGCUGGAGGACGGCUUGGUGGAGAGAGAGAAUCCCAGGAUCAACGAGGACCUGAAAGACGACAUAGGUCGGUCAAGUGCUGACCAACAGAACCAACCGGAUAUAAACAGUUCCAUCGCUCCACACAGCAUCUACCAAACCAUCGGGGGAGAAGGGAGCAAUUUGACCAAUCACCAGCCAGGGGCGGAGUCCAGCGUUUCUGCUGACGUGAAUUCGGUGUACGCACAGGUGAGCAAGAAGGAGAGAGCGACCGUGUUCCCUGAUCGUUCUCCUGAGGAGGUGCUGGAGAAGGUGUCUUCUCCUCCACUGCCCGACAGGAAGGCACAGCUGGAGUGAUGACGAUGAAGGACGAGGGACAAUGGAUGAAGAAUGGCAGCUAAAGGACAAAGACUUAAAAGACAGUGAUGAUACAAAAGAAACUACGCUUUCUAUGAUUUCAGAAGCGAAAGAUUGUUGAAUGCGUUCUAGUUCUACUCCUGUGGAUCCUCUCUUGCGCUGCACAUUUUCCUCGCAAUAAUUAGAGGCGUAUAAAAGCCAGAUGUUACAUAUCUUUCAGGGCCGCACCGCUGGUCAAUGACGGACGAGUACAUCGAGUCCUUCUUGAUUUCAUGCUGGUAGAUGCAGUAAUGCUUUUUUCAGAAUGCUCAGGGAUGCACAACCAAAUUCAACUUUUGUCCAUUUGUAAAAGAAAGCCAAACCAGUGGAACACUCCUGCAGUUCACUCUGUAAUGACUAUGAAGGAUCUGGAUCAACUGGAUCUAGGUUUCGAUGAAGAUCUGUGCUCAACAGUCACACGUAUCAGCGUUUUCUCUAUACCAUCAGAUUUCUUUUUGCGGCCAGAGGAGUCGCCCCCUGCUGGUUAGACGACAGAAUGCAAGUUUGAAGACUCUUCUGCUUUACAAGCAAGAGCAGAGGUCGCUGCGAUCAGCCCUCUGACAGCUUUUGAGAAAUGUAAAUUAAUUUGAUUGACAGGGGGCACAAACUCAAUCAACAGAAAGAUCCCAAAACAAGUUAUCUGGAAAUAUGCCAAAGGAGUAACUGCCCAGCGCUGAGGCAAAGCACAGGUCAAUGAUGUAUUUAGUCUUUGGAUUUACGUUAUUUUAUUUUCUCUCAGUAACUUUAAUGAAUAACGAUGGCAUUUAUUUAUCUAAUGCUGUUAUAUUAUAACUUCCAACUCUGAAAAUAUGCUUGUUUCUAAACAUGCUUCCAGGUUCAUUUGUAAAUAUUUACAUAAAUAAAUGUCAUUCCAGGACU